AUGAGUGCCAGUGAGCGACGCCUCGCCAUCGACGAGACCAACCUCUUCGAAACCCUAGGCGGAAUCCAGCCCUUCAUCGAUCUCUCAACCAAUUUCUACAACAGGGUUUUCGCUGAUGAGGAAGAGUGGUUCUGAUCUAUCUUUUCGAAUUCAAAGAAGGAGGACGCGAUUUGGAACCAGUACGAGUUCUUCGUUCAGAGGAUGGGAGGCCCUAAUCUGUAUUCCCAGAGGAAAGGUCAUCCAGCUCUGAUCGGACGACAUGCACCAUUCCCUGUUACACACCAAGCUGCUGAGAGGUGGUUGCACCACAUGCAACAAGCACUCGAUAGCACCAUGAGCAUCGAUCCUAAUUCAAAAGUCAAAAUGAUGAAUUUUUUCAGGCACAUAUCAACCCACACUGUGUCUUCCUUUGUUGAUGAUAUGAAUACUAUUAUUAUUUUUAUUAUUUAGGCUGGCUUUCAGGCACACUGCUUACUUUCUCGUGGGUGGGAAUGAGAUGACAAGGCAAAGGCAACAAGUUCUCAAUGUAAGCAUGC